UGGACGCUCACGCAUCACCCUCACUCAGCGCAUACUUGACUUUGCUGAUACAUCACUCUAUGAGUGUAUGCGACCGUGAAUUCGUGGCUUGAAAGCCUUCCUACUGCAGGCUGUUCGCUACAUCCGCCGCUCGACCGACCACUCAUAUCCAGGCACACCAUGGCCAUAACCACAAAGCGCAAGCGCGGCACUGUUUCAUACAAAGAACCAAGCAGUGCCGAGGACCUAUCUGAGAGCUCUGAAUAUGAGCACACACCCAGGAGGAAGCGUCCUGCACCCUCUCGACGAUCUGCGAGGCACCAAGCCAAUGAUGACGACUCCAGUCGACAAACGACACCAGAACGGUCUCCUGCACUCGAGCCCUCCAGAAAGAAGCACAAAGAAUCUCGAACUAGGCGACAUCGCAAAGUGUCAUACAAGGACAUCAGCUCAGAUGAGGAGGAGGACCCAGAUGCAGAUUUCGAGGUUCCUGAGAAGCAUGUCAGGACGACACAGCGCAGGGUAAAGGCAUCAGCGGUGCCAUCUCCACGACCUCAGAGGCGUGAAAAGGCCAGAGAAAGGGGGCGAUCAAAGCAAAAGCUGGUAAUUGGUCGGAUACGGAAGCCCAACCAGGCACCAGGCGCAGCGCCAGAGGCCAUCUCGAUUCCAUCUGACGGUCACAAACCAGCCUGGCAGUUUCUGCCAUACCAUAUCCUCCUUCAGAUAUUUGUUUAUGCGUCACAUCCUCUGCACGAUGAGAACGUGAAGCCUACGACAUCAAUACCUUGGCUGGUACAAGUGGCGCGCUUGUGUUCGACCUUCACAAAGCCAGCCCUGACAGCCCUUUAUCGUAACCCACCAAUUUUCGCCAUGAGGCAGACUAGGAGGGACCUCGUUCACCACCUCAUACAGCCACCGAGCGGGGUGCACAAAGACUACCAAGUGAUGCCAAAGCGGUUGACCUUGGACGCAACCCAGAUGUCUACACUGACGGACCCAACGCACAGUGUCGCUGAUUUGGCAGCUCUUGUCAAGUCACUGACUACGCUGCGCGAGAUCGACAUCUUUGACCCUAUCGACAGGCCACCUUUUCGUGGACGCUUACGGCGAGCGCGUCGAUGGGUGUACCCGGAUGAACUGUUCGCGGCGCUGCGCGAGACCGAAUUGCGACUUCGCAGCUGGCGGUGGAACAGCAUGUUUUGCCAGCGUGGCCCCUUGUGGAUGAAGAGCAUACAUGGCGACCAAGCGUUCCAGAGCUUGCGCGAGCUCACGCUUGUCAAGUACCAUCCAGAACCAUCUCGCGAAGAUGAGGACGACGAUGAAGGCAACUCAGAACCUACGAUGGAAGAGCUGAUUGGCUCAGCGUUGGCUGUGCUACCCAACCUAAGGUCUCUGGCUUUCGAGACCUGCGGUAUCGUUAGAGGCCGUCUGCUACCGCUCCUGCCAACGAACCUCAUCAGCUUGAGCAUCGUCAACUGCGGAGAACUGCUUUCUGAUGCGCUGUCAAGCUUUCUGACAACCCACGGCGCACAUCUCGAGGAGCUUAUUCUGCACCACAACCAGGCGCUCGAUCUGUCGUUCCUUGUCGACCUAAAGCAGUCGUGCCCCAAGCUAGAGGUUCUGCGAAUGGACACGACGUACUACAGCUCCCUCGUCAUGUCGUCUGAUAAUGAGCCCCUGUACGAGUCUCUGCUUGGCGAGAACGAGGUCCCUACCUGGCCCGCAACUUUACGUACUCUCGACAUGCAGUAUCUGCGCAAGUGGGACUCCACAGCGGCAAGCAAUUUCUUCCAGUCGCUGAUAGACUCAGCUGAGGAGCUGCCAGAUCUACAAGACCUCACGAUCAUUGCUAUGGUCGACACCGAUUGGCGACAGCGUGCUGAGUUCAGGAGGAAGUGGAGCGCUACUUUUCAAGCUGUGUUCGCCAGGAAGUGGGAGCCGCCAAAUCCUCAUCUUGCGUCGCUCAAAGCAUACAGAUUGUGGAAAGAGAAGCAAGUCUCUUCGCAGAUCCAGCCACCCCAAGUCGAGGAGGAAGAGAAGGUCGACUCGUUCGUUGAGGGAGUGACAGAAGAGCUAGCAAAACCUCAAGCUGCAGAAGAGAGCGACAGCGACGCACCACUUGUGUCCAGGCGCAAGAGGCAGGACGAGCAAUGGGGCUCGACACGCCUUCGCUCGCGAGCCAAGGCGAAUGCCAGCUAUGACGAAGAGUUGGAGGACUCUGAAUCAGAACAGGAUGUAGAGGACGUGGAAAAGGUCUCAUUUGUGCAGGGUCGAUGUCACACAGUUAUCUUCCGCAUCGACAACUUCCGACCGCGAGAGGAAAUCUACGCUGAAGCUGACUUCCUCGAUGCUGAGCCCAGCGGCGAUGAUGAAUGGAAUGGCAACGAUGAAGCCAACGACGAGGGCGGAUAUGCUUGGUAACCGUGUUUGGCAAUGGGCAUGGACAUAUUUUACGGGUUAUGAUAUCAGGACAUCUGGGAAACAGUGCAUUGGGCUGGCGUUGGAGAGUUAUUGUAUAAGUACCUCGACAUGUGUAUCACCGUUGGGUAUGGGUCAGGCACUGACAUUGGGCCGCCACCUUGGCCGCCGUUAUUACUCGAUGCAGGAAGCAUUGGAGGCUGGCUGUAUUCCAAUGAAUUCAUUGGCUCUCCUAUAGGCUGCUUAUUCACAUAUGA